AUGUCGUCUGAUCAUGGUUUCCGCCCUCCUGCCGACUGGCCAGCUCAAGCCACCGCUCUUCCGAUUAUCGUGAUGGAAGAUGGUUCCUACGACUGCAACAAAGCAGAAGGGAAUCCAGAAGAAAAUCCCCACAAGCUUUUCCAAGAGUUUUCUUCCCUCCUAUCGGAACGAAACGUUGAGUCGGAAAUAGUAUUCUCCCAAUACUAUAGGCAGAAGAUCUAUCAACUCGUUUGGUCGUCAAACAUGAUCGAAAACGUUGGAGCAGAUCUUAGCCUGACACUUGGACUUUGUCAACACGUUUUCGGAGGUUGGCCAGCGAGUGAGUUAUUGCUCUGCUUUGACUCUGUCAGGAGUCAGAGAGAGAUCAUCCACCACGCCAAAGCUGCAGGUUAUAUCCUUGGAGAAAUUGGCAAAGGGGGUGAUCUUUCUGAGGAACUGAUACGUAAUACACACGAGAUAUUGACCUGUGGAAUCGAUAUGGAGGAUGGCACACCAUGGACUGAAUUCAGCGGCAAAUACCGACGAGGCCCUAUGCGAAAGGGUUCUUAUCAGUUCAUACACAAGAACAGAGUUCCUUCAGCGAUGCAGCGGAUGGUCAAAGACUUCAACGAAGAGGUACUGCAAGCUACAGAGAGCGGCCAGAUCGACCCCAUCGCGCUCGCUGCCAGGCACAGCCAUACCUUCACCAAGAUCCAUCCUUUUGAGUGUGGGAACGACCGUAUAUCUCGAUUAAUUCUCAACGCAAUCCUUUUCAAAUUUACACUCUGCCUCGUUCCUUUCGGACAAGACGAGAAUUGUCGAAAUGAGUAUAAGGAUAUUGUUAUGGACGCAUUACUAAGAGAAGGCGUGUGCGAUUUACUCGAACUGGAAGGUGUGCCCAAGGAGCUCAGGCCAAGAAACUGGAUAAACCUUGCUUGUUUUAUCUUAAAACAUGCUCUCGAGACCAUGAAGGAAAUGCAUCAACUGGGGCAGCUUUCGAGUAGCCAGUCUUCGAGCAGCCAGUCUUCAAGCAGCUAG